CGUUAUCUACUAUCGCCCGACUCUAAUAUACGUGAGUGUUACUUGUGUAUAAUUUUAGUUGUAAACAGUGUGUUAACGUUAUUUUGUGGGUGAAAAAAUAAUUGCCAUAGAUUCCGCGGUUUAAAUACCCUCUGUGGUUUGAUUUGUAAUAAUUUACAAAGCCGUGUUGGUAUUUUAACAGUUCAAAUGCUAACGUGCGAUGCUAAAGCUAACAUCCGAGUGGAGGCUGAAGUUGUAAAUGUACCCAGAUGACAGAGAGGGUCAGUGAAAUGAAAAUGUGCUCUGUCCGCUGGGCUUUUCGUUGUGCUUCGUGGACACCGAGCCGAGCUGAGUGGUUGUUUGCGGCUCGCUGCAUCCAGAAAGAGGAGAAAGAAAGAAUUGGACAGUUUGUUUUUGCCAAAGAUGCCAAGUCAGCUAUGGUUGGCAGGUUGUUGAUCAGGAAGUUUGUCUGUGAGAAGAUGGGAAUGCCCUGGUCAGAAAUCCGACUGGAACGAUCUCACAGAGGGAAACCAUAUCUGGCAGCACCUUCUAAGAACAGCUCUGAUUCAGGUGCUGCCUGGAGCUUCAACAUCUCCCACCAAGGGGACUACGCUGUGCUGGCUGCAAAUCAAGGAUUCCAGGUGGGAGUGGAUAUCAUGAAAAACACCCUGCCAGGUAGCAACUCUGUCCCCGAGUUUUUCCGCAUCAUGACUCGUCAGUUUACGGCGCACGAGUGGAGCGUCAUCCAAUCAUCUGGCUCUGAGUACCAGCAGCUUGCUGCGUUCUAUCGACACUGGGCACUGAAGGAAAGCUUUAUUAAAGCCAUUGGCACUGGUCUGAACUUUGACCUGCAGAGGGUGGAGUUCCACCUGACUUCAGAACCACUCACGUCGGGUCAGGUGCUGCACCAGACCAAGAUGCACCUGGACGACGAAGAGGAGGACUGGAUAUUUGAGUGUGUUUCUGUUUCACAGGAGAGUCUUCUGGACCCUGACCAUCAUGUCGCUGUUGCACUUGGACCAGCAGACAAACCAGGAGUCACAACCAAUUCUUCCUUAACUUCUCCCCCUCCUCCCACCUCGUUUACACUGCUGUCGUUCAGCGACCUCAUUGCCUCAGCCUCUCCGCUCUCAGAGGAGGACCCUGCCUACUGGGUCAGCUUUAAGACGAAGGACGAAGCUCCGCAGAGACAGAGGGAGACGCGCACGUUCAGGCAACCACCUGCCUGAUGCUGAAAGUGAAUCUUCGACUCAAGACUUGUUAAGUUUUAUUCAUGAGGCGAAAGCUCCGAUUUCUGUCUCAUUAGGAGAUGAGAAGUGAUGCUGCUUCUGGAAGUCCCUAAAAAACAUCUUCUUUGACAGAUAAACACUGGACCUAUUUUUAUUUUUUCAUUUUUUUUUUUUUCUGUUAUUGCUUUUAAAAAGUGUAUUGCAUAAA